AUGCCGUUCCCCGAUCUCGCCAUCCUCGCCCUGCUAGCCACCGCCUUGGUGUUCAGCAUUAUCGAGUUGGGCCUCUCCGCCUACGCAGUGUCGGUCACUGACCGCACCUACUAUGGCUACCGAGGACACACUCCCGGCGAGUACGCCUUUCUUCUCUUCGCCUCGCUAUGGACUCUGCUGGUCGUUGGAGCACUCGCCGUUCUCGACUUCCUCGGCGCCCGCAAGGGAGGCGUUUCACGCCCUUACCCUUGGCUCGGCUGGGCGACAUUGGGCGUCAACUUUGUGACUUGGGUUUUCUGGCUUGCUGGCUUCUCUGCGCUGGCAGCAUUCUUCGGCGGAAACCCAAGAGGAACAGCUGGCGCCCUCCUAGCCUUUGCGGUCAUGCUCUGGCUAAUCUUCACCGCCCUCCUCAUUCUCAAUGCCCUCACAGCCUUCACCGUCCUCAGGAGCGAUCGCGGUGCCUACCCACCUCUCUUCUCCCGCGAUGGCAAAGUUUCUCGACCAAACCAAGGUCCAGCGAUGACAUCUGCCUAG